AUGGGCACUGGACGCGACAUCAAGGACACCAUGGAGUUACGAGAAUCAGAAAUGCCCAUGUUGAAGUUCAUGACCUCACACGCUGUCAAGAUCAAGCAGGACUUCAGAGACAAUCUUGACGGCCGAAGGAACAAGAAGGACACUACGUUGAUUUCGACUUUCUGUCUCAGUCAUUCUGUGAAGCGCUGCAGCUGCAAGAAGGAGCACAUACAUCUUCAAGGUUAUGAUAAAGAGACGCAUCGCAAGCGGACAGCAGCAGCAGCUAUGUUUUCAAAGAAGUUCUGUACGGCACUCUGCAAGGACAUCUUGGCCCUGGAGUCCAAAGAACCAGGAAUCUCUAUCAACAAGUUCUCAAGAGCUUUCCCGGCAGCAGCAGAUGACGAGGCAGAAGAUGAAGCACCAUUAGCUCAGUUACCAGCACCAGCAGGACCUAAGUCCUUGGACGACCUCAUGGAAGAAUUCAAGGACAUCGACACCAAGAGCAUCAAGAUCACGCUCGACACCUUCACGCCCACGGAAGCACAAUGGAUCAAGGCAGCGAUUCUUUCCAUCACCGAUUACACUAUGAGUUUCGGCUUUGACGAGACUGAGUUCAGCAAUCCUGAUGACUACAAGGAUCGCAUCAGAUUUCUUGGCAACAAGGACGGCCACUACCACAUGAGCGUAGUCAAGGAUUGGAGAAACGCACCUGAAGACGACAUAGACACCACGACGACGAUCUACAUCAUCACUCUCCUGGGCAAGAUCGAGAUCAAUGGCCGUGUCUUGUCACGGACGAAGCCCAACAUGGAACUUCGGGAGCUACCCAAGAAGUUGACUCAUGCCAACGAGAAGGAUCGUGCCGGACUACUCCGUCUACUUCAUGAACGCUUCUGGCACAAUUCUCCAUUGGACAUGAUGAAGUUGCUACAAGCCAUGCUUUUACCUCAGGCUAUCGUUCUACAGGGCAUGGAGAUUUGCAAGGCUUGUGAAGUUUGUCAGCAAUGGGCUAAACGUCACGUACGACCUCAGAUUAAAUCGUUUCUGGCCACAGUGUUCAACGAAAUGGUACAGCACGAUUUGUUCUUCCUCUGGGAUGAAACGUUCAUGAUUCUUAUUGACGAAGCUACUAAGUGGAAGACUGGCGACCACCUCAUCAACAAGACGGGCCCAGUCUUGGUGAAGGCGCUCAACUACCUUUGGAUACGCAUCUGGGGCGCGAUGCAGAACCUUCUCACUGAUCAGGAAGGAGGUCUCAUGGGACACGAAGCCACCAAGCUAUGUGAUCGACUCGAGAUCAACAGACUGGCUAUUGGCAAAGGAGGAGCUACCACCAAAGGACUUUGUUGCGCCGGCCACAACUGCACUCUCAACUAUGGCGGCAGCACUCCACAGUUGGCCUUGACUGGACAGCUACCGAGGACGAUUGCGAUCGACAGCGAGACCAUCACAUCCAUGACGGGCGCCCUUGAGAAGCGUCCUGACUACAUGGAGUCUAUGUCACGCGCAAGACUACUGGCUCGACAGGCUAUCGUACAGUCAGUUAUUCAAGAUCGAUUAGCUCAGGCAUCCAAGAUAACUCAGCACCAGCACGAGCCGGAGCUACUCGUUCCAGGAACGAUAUGUGAUAUUUGGCGAGAACCAGCACGGAAAGACGAAUGCGGAUGGCGAGGACCAGCGGAAGUCAUCAGCCUGGAGCGACGCGCAGGAUCGGCAAUAGUCAAGCACCAGGGCCAGCCGCUUAUCAUUCCUCUACGACAUCUUCGGCGACAUGUUCUUACUGAGCACUACAUCAUGGAGCUCAACAAGAAAAAUGACACGAGCAGCUUAUACAUACACUACGACCUGGUCAACCCUACGAUGGUCAAGGCAGCGGCUACCUUUCUGACACCAUAUCAGAUAUAUGCCGAUGGAGUUUUGGUUCCUUCGGAGACGCUGUACGACCUGAUGGAUUUAGUUGAUGGAUCUACGCCCACUAAGAUAUAUUGGUUUGGCUUGGUAUGGCAGCAAGAGCAGUAUAUGUUCCCAGUGAAGAAGCUUGCGAUUCAUGCAAGCCUUUGGCCCUGGGCAUCAAGAUAUUCAGCGAUACGUUCAAGCCUGUGCAUGGUAUCUUGUACGGCUCACAAGUACGUCGACUUCCUCAGAUUGAAUAUGCACAGUGGGCUCUACUGCUACGUUGGCGACGAGAGGACCGAGCUGACUACAAUAUUCGUGUGCGACCAAUCUACCAACUACAGCACAAUGAUGCUCUACAGCUAUGACCAUUGCGAGGAUCUGGACAAGCAUUUCGAUCCACCAGAGCUGGACUGGAGUGACAUCAGCAUGAUUGACUGGCCCGACGACCUCUCUGACAUUGUUAUUCCGGCGACCAGACUAUCGACAGCGACGACGACAUGGAAGAGAUACCAGCUCAUGGACAUGAUCACGACCUACCUCCAGCACCUGGACCAGCACCUCGACGUAUCUCUCGAGAGGAGCUUCUUCAUCGUCAACGGACUUGCCAGCGGCUAUGCCGGGUACGUCCUCGACACAGCCAGCUCCAGCGGCGUGCGAGAGAGGCAACGCUACCAGCGCAGCGUCGCGCUGCCUGCGCAGCGCUCUGCCCCUGCCCUCAGGAAUGGCGGAUUUCUCAAAAGAUCCACGGAGUUCGCUCUGGAGUUCAGUGAGGCCCUGACCUUCGCCAUCGGCGCCCUGGGCCUCCAGUUGGCAAACGCGUUCAACCCCGAGGGCCUGGUGCGGCGUCAAUGCCUGGGAGAUCCACCUCGAAGUUCUGGAGUGAUCGUGGCCUUCUACGGUUGCGCAUCCCUGCUCGCGUCUUGCCACGUCGAGUCGCGCGCCACAGUGCUGUGCGUAACACGCGUUGGCAGGUUGAGUCUCAUCGUGUACCUCUUGCGUUACGUGGUGGAUGCGGCCCUUGUAUCGGGGGGCAGUCAGACAGACCAGACGGGCUGGAGCGGCGCUGCACGUCUCUCACCCACGGAGCUAGGUUCCACCUUCGGCGUCGUGCAGACACGCCGGGGGGCGAGCCUCUCGGAGCUGGCGGUGCCCGUCGGGCCGAGGACAACUGUCUCGCCCUGCAUGAGGAAGGCCCUCCUGAAGCAGUGGGAGCCUACGUACCGAUGGGACAGCGGCGACCCGGCCGACCGGGUCCGGGACAUCGGCCAGUUCUUGCGGUCCAGCUGCGCGGACCGCUGCGCGGCCACGGCGCCGCCGUUGCGCGUGCUCGUGCUGGACGACUUCAACGCUUCGCCGCUGCAAGGCCGCCUCGGAUGGUCAAGGAUCGGUAGGCGGUCCGAGGCCCAGGCUGUGGCGGCGCAGCUCUUCAUUGCUGCAGACUUGCGACGCAUCUCCGCCAAUGGGCAGGUCUGCCUGUGGCGAUGCAUGGCAGCGUGUCGGCAACACUCCCACGCGAGCCCGGCGUGCAGGGCAGAGGUGGCCGACGCGGGCAUCGCUUGUGACGAUGACACCGUUAUCCACAGCGCUGGUGAUUUGGAGGAGUACCUUCGCAGUCAGAUCCCGGCCGAAGUUCCAGCGAGGGUCGCGGUGACGCACACUCUGUCGUCGUGGUUCGACGAGCCGAGUGGCCUUGACGUGACCAUCGGCUGCGGCUUGACCGGCCAGCGCUUCACCUCCGCGCUUGCUUUCUUGCAGGAGGGCAGGGAGGGCACGCGAGCGCCCCCGCCGCCUCCUGAGCAGCCCACCAGCAAAGGCCUCCAGCUGCCGGGGAAGAAGGAGGUCGCCGCCGUCGUGGGCGCCAUGCGGGGAGAGGAAGCCACCACUAUGAUUCGCCUGCUGCAGCUCUUCAACGCCCGGCCCUCUGCACGCUCGGCGCCCACGCCCUUCCCCGCCGCUCGCCCAGGCCAGGCUGCGCGAAGGAGGACGCCCGUGGCCUCGUCCAGCAGGCCCGGGCCGCGGCCACGAUGCACGUGA